CUUGCCGAACGUCGUGGGUUUCUAAGUCCUACGCAAAAGGGGCGGACUAGCAGCCACACAUGACUGUGAAACCAGUACACAACUGAUAACUUCCUGUCGCUAAGUCUAACGAACGUCGUCGGUUGAGUGGAAAAGCAGAGAAGCGUACGGCUACCUUUCUACUCCUCUAGUUUGUUACCUAUUAACGUGAGAAGCGCCGAUACUGGUUGAACUGUUUCUGGACUCUUUCUGUUGAGAGGCAUUGCAACACUUCCGGAGUUCUUCAAAAAUAGUGGCUUCACAAAGUGUAUCAGCUGCUACAAGUAUUGGUUCCAACUCACACAAAGUAAAAGUAGAAAUGAAAGGGACGAUACAACCAAUCAUUGCACAAGCUACACAGAGGCGGCAUAUUCCAGCAGCUCCCACACUUCGCAAUAUCUCUGCUCCAUGCCCAGACAUAAAAAAGCCUCUUCUGCCACUUCUGUCUGGACAACCGAAGGCUUGUGAAAGCAGUGACACAUUUUACGCGUCUCCUCUUUUCUGUCAUUCUUCAAACAAACCGAUUGUCCUCGUUGUCAUUGUGUCAUACAUUGGAAACUUUGAGACAAGACAUCAGGCUCGGACAGUGUGGUUACGAUCUCGUUUCAAGAUGAAUUCUGAAUUUGUUAAAAGUCAUCCUUGGGCGUAUGUGUUUGUGGUCGGUAAAGCUCAUGGAAAGGAUGCAGAAAACUUAGAAAAAAUGGCAGCAAUAGAGCAAUGCCAUUACAAAGACAUUUUGCAAGUUGAUGUGGUAGAGAACUAUUACAAUCUUACUUGGAAGAAACUUGAGGCAUGGAAGUACUUGAUCAAAUCACAAUUGGAUUUUGAAGUGAUGUUGAAGGGAGACGAUGAUUCAUUCAUCAAUAUUCAGCUUGUUUUUGAGUGGUUAGAUGAGGUGAUUCCUAGAGUGUACAAUAGAACCAAGAAAUCAAACUCUUCUCUUCAUGUGAUGUAUGGAGGACUGUGUCCACUGAGAGGUUCUCCAAUAAGAUCCAAAGGUAGUAAAUGGCAUUUGUCUGUUGAACAUUAUGCACCAAAAUCUUUUCCGCCAUUUUGUUUUGGUGCCGGUUACUUUGUGUCAAGGGACUUGAUAAAAGCUCUACUCAAAGUUUCAGACUUGAUGUAUUCAUUCAGAUUAGAAGAUGUUCACACUGGAUUGUUAGUGGCUAAGACUGGUCUUGUUCCAGCUGCUGAUGUGAUGGGUACUAACAGAGUCUGUAAUGCUGAUUACCAGUCUUGUACCAAGAUACUGUGUAGUCAGCCCUAUAUACUUAUGACUUCAAAUGCAGCAAGAAGGGCUGCACUGUUUAGGAACUUUAUGCAAGCUAAGUGCUGAAUAUAUGCUUGUAGAUUUUGUUAACUUCAUGUAUAUAAUAUUUUGUUGCUACGAGCUUGGACAAAAGUAUUGUAGGAACUUGUACAAGCUGCAUAUUUUAAUCAAAACAAUUGUCAUUACUAUUAA